GCACUGAUAGGUGGCACUGACUGGCACUGAUAGGUGGCAUUGAUUGGCAGCACUGAUAGGUGGCACUGAAAUGCAGCUCAGAUGGGCACUGAUAUGUGGCAUUGAUGUGCACUGGUAGGCACUGAUGUGUGGCAUUGAUGUGGCACUGACAGGAGGCAUUGAUGGACACUGACAGGUGGCACUGCUGGGGCUACACUGAUCAUCAGGGCACACUGAUUAUCAGUGCCCUGCGGCUCUCCUCUGUCAGUGUGACAGCUUGUGAGGAGAGAAAUGCUGAUAACCGGCAU